GAAAUGAGAGGGCAAUUUCAGUCGAUCUUUGUCCUUCUUAAGACAAAGCCUGACAUUUAAAGAAGCGGAACUUUGGAGACAACCUAAACUCAACUCAUUGCAAUUGUCAGCUGAUUGUAUUUAAACAAAUGUUAUUUAACAAUGGCCCAAAAUGGACUUGAGCCUCCUGAGAAUAGCAAGGAGAACUCAAACUACUCGAAAGUGCUUAUUAUUGGGGCUGGAAUGGCGGGGUUGAGCGCCGCUUACCACUUUGCCAAGAACCACUUCAUGGACUUCAAAGUGCUGGAGGCCCGAGGCAGAGUCGGGGGCCGGAUAGUGCAAAUUCCAAUUGGGCCUGAAAAGGUGGAACUUGGGGCCAACUGGAUUCACGGUGUAUUGGGGAAUCCGAUCUACGAGCUUGCCAUGCAGCAUGGACUAGUGGAUAUUAUGGCGGCCCCCAAGCCUCACAAGGUGAUAGCAGCUACAGAGCAAGGAAAGCAGUUGCCAUUCGCGGUGCUCCAGGAGAUCUACGAAGCCUAUUUGUGCUUCCUAAAACGAUGCGAGGAAUACUUUAUAUCCCAGUACGAGCCCCCUGAUGGCAUUGCCAGUGUGGGCGAACACAUCAAAUUAGAAAUCAACUUAUACUUAGAUAAAGUUAAGGACCCCCUGGAAAGACGCUUAAAGGAGCUGCUGUUCGACUGCUUGCUUAAACGCGAAACCUGUAUAUCUGGCUGUGACAGUAUGAAUGAAAUUGACUUAUUAGAAAUAGGCAGCUAUACGGAACUGCAGGGUGGAAACAUUACCCUACCCAAGGGCUACAGCGCGAUACUGGAGCCUCUAGAGCGCGUUAUCCCCAAAGAGAAUUUGAUUAGGAAGCACCCAGUUAAGCUAAUCAAGUGGAAUUGCAAAAGAAAGGCGCAGAAAUCGCAGGAAUCUGAGUCAGGCUCAGAUUCGGACGAGUCCGAUCAAACAGUAGUGGAAGAAGGUGCCGCAGGUAGCAGUAGAGAAUCUUCGCAGGAAAAAUCUCCAGCUGCUCCCGACAACUAUAGUGUAGAAGUAGUCUGCGAAAACAACGAGAGGUUUUACGCAGAUCAUGUGAUAUGCACCCUACCAUUAGGAGUUCUGAAGCACAAAGCCAAUGACUUAUUCAAGCCCCCUUUGCCUGAGUACAAAAUGGAAGCCAUAGAAAGACUGCUGUUUGGAACUGUCGAUAAAAUCCUAUUGGAGUACGACAGGCCGUUUCUUCAUCCGAGUAUUACUGAAGUGCUGCUACUGUGGGACGACGACCCCAAUCAAGACAUCGCCAAAAAUUGGUUUAGGAAAAUUUACUCAUUCAGCAAAAUAUCCGAGACGCUCAUUUUGGGCUGGAUCUCCGGAAAAGAAGCCGAAUACAUGGAAACGUUGGCUAACGAUGUGGUUAUCGAGACCUGCACAAUGGCCUUAAGACGAUUUCUUAACGACCCUUUUAUACCAAAGCCGAAGCGAUGUGUGUGCACCAGUUGGCAUACGCAGGAAUUUACCAAAGGUUCCUACACAGCCAUAGCGGUCGGAUCUUCACAAAUAGAUAUUGAAUGUUUAGCACAGCCUUUGUAUCUGGAUGAGAGACAAGCCAAGCCAGUGUUAUUGUUUGCGGGAGAACAUACGCACAGUAAUUUUUACUCUACCGUACAUGGGGCGUACUUAUCUGGACGAACUGCCACUCAAACGCUACUAAGCAAUGAUACGCCCGAAGAAAUUGUCAUUGAUUGCGAGGACGAGACUGAUCUAAGCUCAUGGAUUCAAGGAAUCACCUUGGAAUAGUGAAAGGUAACUAACUAAAGAGCUUCCGAAUGGUCGAAGCCUUUGUGCGCGCCUUACGGGUCUGUUUAAAAGGGACUUAUCCAGUCAAAUGCACGUUUUACGGUUGUUUUGGUACAUGAAUUCUUGUUUGUUUCACUGACUGUUGGGUACAUUUGCUAGAAAAUUGGGUCCUUGGAGUGAUUAACUGAAUUUAAGAGGCUUGUUAUGUGCACAUGUAAAUACUGAUGGGUGAUUUUGAGGGGAAAAGUGAGCCUUUUCCAAUGUACUGUUUGCUUUAGGUACGUCCAGUACCUAGAACGACAACUAUUUUACAAUGUAGAGAAAAACUGAUGUAUGCGUCAUUUGUAAAUUGCAUUUUACACUUUGUUUUCGCCCUAGUCAUUGAUAGUAUUUUGUUAUUAACGCGUUUGAAGUGGCCGAACUUAUUUAUAAGGUUGAGAUUAUAGAGACUUUCAGUCAGGAAUUUCCUGGACUUAUGGAAAACGAUCGUCUCAACGUAAACGCUACAGUUAUCAACUUUUUGCGACAGCGACCUUUUUAGUAUCUUAACUGUUGUAUACAUUUAAAUAUUUUCUUUGAAACUAUUGUUUUGCGCUUUAUAUUCUAUUGUAAUUCGGGCAUAUUGUGUGAGUGUCUUGGACUUCAACAAUAAUGUUUUAAAAAACAAUGAAACUUUCGCCAAAGGUUUCUGGCGUAAGCAGGCACCUAAAUUUGCUAGUCUCCGGCACUCGCCGGCCUUUUAUUUCUCAUCAGCUGGGUUUAUCCUCAAAAAUAAAGUAUUAUUUUUUGAGAAUUUUUUUUUUUUUGUAAAAUCAUGUUUUGUAUGCACGUGGGUGCAAAAAACCAACCGCUAACUAACUAAUAGGUUCGAAACCCGUUCUGAGGGUGCCUGAGAUUAGCACAUCUCUCAGAUUUUUCCUGCUAAUAUCCUUGCAUGUUUUGUCCGAAUAUGCCAUUGUUUCGUUUAUGCAUUUAGAUUUUAAUAUACAUUUUAUAUGCUUGAAGCUAGUCACUUUUUAAACGUUGUUUAAAUAAAUAAAAAAUAUUGUAUAUGG